GUUGCACAUUCAUGACAAGGUCGUCUUGCGCGCUAUGCGUUACGCUCAUUCAUUUCCUGUGGACAUCUCGACGAGGAAGCAUGAAUUAGUAACAAUCGCUUCGAUAGUAUAUAUUCGGGAGAAAAAUGAGCGAAUUAAUCGAAAAUGGUACAUCGAGCGUGGAACACGUGGCCAAGCGUCUCACAUCGGAAGAAAUCGAUAGGAUGAAAGCACAAGAUUCCCGUUUAGUAUCCGAAUUUCGUGCGAAUCAACUCGAGAGGGAUGCGAAGAAGCAUUGGGAUUUAUUUUACAAGCGUAACGAUACUAGAUUCUUCAAAGAUAGACACUGGACGACGCGAGAGUUUGACGAGUUGGUGGAUUUAGCUAGCAAAGAGAAUCAAAAUGUCUUCCUCGAAGUGGGCUGUGGAGUCGGGAAUUUCGUUUAUCCGUUAGUAGAAGAUGGAUUGAAAUUUCGAAAAAUAUUCGCAUGUGAUUUAUCUACAAGAGCAAUCGAAUUAUUUAAGAGUCACGCAUUAUAUGACCUAGAUACAAUGAAAGCUUUUCAAACAGAUGUUACAUUAGAGAACUGUUUUUCUGAAAUUAAUUGUCCAGUUAAUAUUACAACUCUCAUCUUUGUAUUAUCAGCUAUUCAUCCUGAUAAAUUUCAUAAAGUUGCACAAAAUAUAUACAAUGCUCUUGAUACUGGAGGAAUAUUACUUUUCCGAGAUUAUGGGUUAUACGAUAUGGCACAAUUACGUUUUAAACCUGGACAUAAAAUCAGUGAGAAUCUCUAUAUGCGGCAAGAUGGAACAAGGAGUUAUUAUUUCUCUACAGAAAAAGUAGCAGAUUUAUUUGUAUCUGUUGGUUUUCAAAUACUAAGUUGUGAUUAUGUACAGAGACGUACAGUGAAUUUGAAGGAAAACAUUGAUGUUCCAAGAAUUUUUGUGCAGGCAAAAUUCAAGAAAUCUUGAAUAUAAGAAUAAAUGAUAAUACAAUAAUUCAAUAACAUUUAUGGCAAACUGUAUAAGAAUGUUGAAAUGGAGAUGACAUUUUAUACAUAUUGAUCAAAAGCUUAUGGAACUCUAAUAAAAAUGCUAUUAAAUUUUUUAUAAUAUUAUUUGCCAAAAAUCUGAAUUGCCAACAUGUAUGAAUUGUGAUUUAUAUAAAAGAAAAUCGAUGUAACAUAAUCAACUUUUAGUGUAAAUAGACCUUUCAAACAUCAAGUUAAGUCAUGUCAAAUACUCUAAACAACAUUUAAUAUAAAGAUAUUUCGAAUUGAAGCAAAUUGAAGCCAUAUCGAAUACUGAAAAACUCUGUGAUCGUAGAUUCCAUAUAAACAGUUCAUAUCAACAAAAAAUGAUAUGGUUUAUGUUGGAAUAUAAAUAUAGAGAUAUAGAAAUUAUUUAUAUAUAUGUACGCUUUAUUAUACACAUGAUAUCAAGUUUCCUGCGUUCCUAACAUUGCUAAAGCGUCGCGUAAAAAUACCAACGGGAUAAAUGAUGACUCGCGAACAGAAAAGGAAGAAAAUCGAGGAGAAGCUGCAAAGCUGCAAGAAAAUCAAUUUUGUACAAUGCAAGUUGAAUAAAUCGAAAGCAUUUCUGCUUUCAUUCUAACUAUC